CGGCGCCAGAACACCCCGUUCUUGCCGACAUGGUUGAUUCCGUGACAAUAUAUUAGAGCCAUGGAACAUCUUAUUGACUCCAGUCCCUUCGCAACUACGACGAUCAUUUUGACCUCGUCGAACCGAAGCCAUGGGCCAGUCUCAAAGCAUCUCCACUCGGAUUGAGAUCGCAGCAUCACCAGAAGCCGUAAGAUCAGUAUUAUUAGAUUUCCAACGCUGCGCAGAAUGGACCCAACGCUACGCCUUCUCAACGCUCAAUGACAAGCAACCCACCGAUCUACAGUCCGGAGACCGUAUUAAAGUCGAUAUGAAAGGGACAGUGUUCCACCCAACAGUCGUGGUAAAACAUCGUGUAAACCCCUUUCUACCUACCCGUGAGCUGAUACCUGGUGCAUAGGAAAAUUCACCAACUUCCUUUCAGUGGUUGGGUGACCUCUACGGCCUAUUCAAGGGGAAACACCAAUUCCACUUCAAGCCCAGCGAAACGAGCCCAAGGAGCACGACGUUAGUCAACCAAGAAGACUUCAGCGGGCCGCUUGCUUUCCUGGAGAGGCCUGGGUGGAAGUGGGAGAAACAGACGCGUGCGAAUUUCGUGGGGUUUAAUCAGGAUUUGAAAGCAAGGGUAGAGUCUCUGAAUGCUUGAGGUAAGUCGCUGAGAUGAGUUAAUGAUGUAUGGUGAUGCGCCUCGGGGUGGAGACAGACACGAAGAUCGCCUAUAUGAGGGCUAUAUUAGCAUCCAGAAAGAUAUGUGAAGGGAAUGAAAUGGGAUG